CCUCUUGUGUUCACUCGUUGAUUUCCGUCAACAAUCGUUAUCUCAACAUGGCGAUGGCCUCUUUACGAAAGAGCGCGUCCUCUCUGGUAUUAUUUAGCGGACGGGUAUUCAGCCUGGAACUGACUGCUCUCGGUUCGUAUCACACAAAGGUGGUGGACCACUAUGAAAACCCAAGAAAUGUGGGAACUCUAGACAAAAACGCCAAGAAUGUGGGGACCGGAUUGGUGGGGGCACCAGCCUGUGGUGAUGUAAUGAAACUACAGAUCGAGGUGAAUGAAAAUGGCAAAAUUGUUAAUGCAAAGUUCAAGACGUUUGGAUGCGGAUCAGCCAUUGCAUCCAGCUCUCUUGCUACAGAGUGGGUGAAGGGGAAGUCGGUCGAUGAAGCUCUGAAGAUCAGGAACACAGACAUUGCCAAAGAACUCUGUCUUCCACCAGUCAAGCUUCAUUGUUCCAUGCUUGCAGAAGAUGCCAUAAAAGCAGCGUUGUCAGACUACAAAGUAAAACAGGACGUGAAAAAGAAGUAACACAUGGGCGCCAGCAGUUAAUGACCCAUCCACUGUUACGUGUUGACACCAGCCAUGUAACAUUCCUCUGCAGUACUGUUUGGAUCAGCACAAUACUACACCAGGCCUUGCAACUUCUUCUGGGAGUUAUACAUGUAUAUAUCUCUUUAGCAACCUCUUUGAAAAUAGCAAAGGUGAAUUUCCUACAGAGAACGCAAAUGAGAUCAUGAACUAUGGGCCAGGGAGUGUUUUUAUUUCGUUUUUGGCAUUCUCGCAGUAUUUGGCCUGAUAGAAUAAAAUCACUGAAUAUUGUA